AUGGAUCUCCCAUACCGACUCAAAACCCCGGUGACGGAGUGGGAUCCGACGCAAUUCUUCCGCGAGGGAGAUCCUCCCUCGCCGUAUGCGCUGUUGAUCCUCAACCAUCCAAUCAACGAGAAAGCCUACGAGGUUCUGCAACAGCACGCAUGCAUGACCGUCUGCGCCGACGGCGGCGCAAACCGCUUCUACGAGAUGAUGAAAGCCCGCGGCAGGGAGUAUACAGACUUCCCAACAGCCAUAAUCGGCGACCUCGACUCCAUAAACCCGCAAACCCGCACCCACUACGAAACCCAAGGGGUACCCGUAAUCCAACACGUCGACGACUACAGCACGGACUUCCACAAGAGCCUCCAGUACAUCCGGAGCAACGCGGCGAGUAUCCUCGCCGGGGCAGCUGUUCCUCCGCCUAACGCCCAAGUCCCAGCUUCAGUAACACCCCAAGCCCCAGCCCAACCUCAAAGCCAAGCUACAGCUCAAGCUCAACCCCAAGAACCAACCACAACCCCACCCCUCGAUAUUCUCGUCCUAGGCGGCCUAGGCGGCCGCGUCGACCAAGCCUUCUCGCAGAUCCACCAUCUCUUCUACAUGACGCAGGAGCUGCGCCAAACCAGCCCUGGAAAGGGGGUUAGUGGAGGUGGUAGUGGGAGUGAGAAUCUCUACCUCGUCUCGGAGGAAAGUAUCACGUUCGUUCUGCAGGCGGGCCGGAAUAUCGUGCAGACGCCGCGGGUGAAUCGACCGAUUGGGGAGGGGAAUACCUCUGAAGAAGGCCAGGGGGAAACCGAGAGGGAAGGUCAAGCUGGGGAUGUAGGUGCUGGGGCUGAAGGUAACAACACGGCAACGGCAGCAGCAGCGCAGCAUCUCCUGGAAGAGAACGUGGGGAUAAUCCCGCUGUGCGGGCCGGCGCGCAUUACGACCGCGGGCUUCCAGUGGGAUGUGGCGGACUGGAAGACGGAGAUUGGGGGCCAGCUUAGCACGAGUAAUCAUAUCCGGGCGGAUGUGGUGAAGGUGGAGGCUAAGGUGCCUGUGUUGCUGACGUUGGAGUUGGCGGAGCGGUUUAAGAAGAAAUGAUACCUGGCAUCCUUGAACCUUAGGGUGUUGUUGUGUGUGGGAGAAGUGGUGAGGAACGGACAGAGCUUGUGGAUGGGUUGUCAAUAGCAUUAUAGAUACUAAGUAUAGAAGUAUA